AUGAGUGCACUAGGGCUAAAAAAUGGUAAGAAUGGAAAGGAAGUUGUUAGAUUUAACAAUAAGGAUCAUCCCAUUGGUGAUCCUUCAGUGCAGCUUGCAAGUGUGUUGGGAGUUCUGGUUAGGAGAAACAUCGCACUAAAACACAGGGAUUGGAGACUUGUCCCUAAAGAAUCCAAAGAUAACAUAUGGGCGGUUGUCCAGCAAAGGUUUGUUGUCGAUGAGUUUUACAAAGAUUACUAUGUUGGGAAGAUGGGAUGUUAUCUUAAAGAGGCUAGGUCAAGGAAAGCCGGGAAGAUACUCGCCUUAGAUGAUCUAGAGAAAGAAGAAAGAGAGAAGAAGCUGGCAGCACUGAAACCAGAUAAUAGCACUGUCAAUGAGUCGGAAGAGUUCGUGAAACAUGUUUGCUCGGAGGAAUUCAGAACAAAAAGAUUCUGGAUGCAACAAAUCAGGAAGAAAUACACCACUCCACACACUGUCAGUAGACUAGGUUGGGCAAGACUCGAGGCUAAGAUGCAAAAGGAACGGAAAACACAAGAAGAGAUUGAUAGAGUCGAAGUUUGAACAACGG